AUGGGCAAAAGUUCAAAGAAGCGUUCUCCAAAGCCGAAAAAGCAAGGCGGACGUCGUCUACGUCUUACCCAAACUGUUACGCCUAUAGAACCACCCGAUACCCUGCCGUUUCCACCUCAGUUCGACAUGACUGAUUUAGUCACAAAAUAUACCCGCAAACGGCUGGCACGUUUCCCCAACGAAUUUAUUAUCUAUCGCAGCUUAUAUGUAAAGUACCUAAAGGAACGAAACCAUAACUUUUCUAUGACAGACCUUGCUCCAAUCGUUAGCAAAUUGUGGAGGGAUGAACCAGAAAAUGUGAAAACUUUCUACAAGAAAGUUUCUCUGGAAGCCAGAAAACAAUAUUUGUUAAAAACUCGUUGCGACGUCACGAGUGCAUCGAAAAAGAAGUUAAAGCGUCCAAGAAAAGGCCUUGGUACUAAAAUAAUAAUGAAAGUAAAUCCGUCGGUUAGGAAUUCAUCAUCAAACUCUCAACAGCUUGCGUCAAUGUGUCAUUUCACGACACCGAUGACUUCAAUGUUCAGUCUGGAUUUGGGAACGACAUCGUGCAAUUAUUUUGCAUCGACUCCGGUUCAACCGACGACAGCAGACAUGAUGUAUUCUUCUCCAUUGUCUACUUUGACAACAACAAUGUUCGAUCAAGCAAAUUAUGUGGAAACAAACGAAUCGAUUUAUUCGCCAAACAUGUUGAAAAACGUGUUUGAAGACUUGGUAUACAACAGUCCAGAGAGCAGUAAUGGUGCAAUUAAAGACGCUAAACUUGAACCCUUUUCUUCUAACACUGUCAAUACCGAUGUUACCUCCUUAUCAUCCCUCUUUUCCACCGAUAUUACCACUUCUUCUUCUAUUCCUUUUUCGGUUCCAGUUUACCCCGAGUCUGAAACCGGUUGUUUUUUUGAAUCGAAUUUUUUUGAAUCAAAUUUUUUGGAUUCUGCACUUUCCGAUGAAUUAUUCGGGAGUAGUAUUGACAUAACCUGCAUGGAUGAGAAAAUGUGCGAUAUUAAUAUGAUGGCGACAACUUGUAGUAGUGAGGUUAUGACAUAUCAUGAGAAUGGGUUUGAACAGAAUUUUGAAUCAUUCUCACUAGGCACUUGUGAAAAGAGCAGCAUGUACUCACAUUUUGCGACUUUGGGGUAA